AUGAAGGGUAUUGUGAUCUUCAAUAUGAUGUUGUUGAAGCCGUCGCUUUCCUUUCACCAUGGUAUCAAUGACAUUUUCUAUCGAAGAUAUGAUGGUUUGAGACACGAUGUGAAUCGGCGAAAGGAUUUCUUGAUGGAAACGUCGCACCUUUCUCUGGCUUUAUCUUCACACAAGACUCAAUCGUUAGGGAUCUCUGUUCGUGGUGGUGACGAUGGCAAUCAUAAUAAGGACAGUUCGACGAGGAAGGACGACGACGAUGAGGAAUGUCUUGACAAUUUCGAACUUGAGAAACAAGACCACACUGACAGAUUGCAACCUGACUUUGGUGGAACAGUUGCUGGUCUAUUUGGAAAUCUUAGAAUUCCAGCGUCGUUGAUUGCUGGUGCCUCAUUGGGGUCAGCCUUUGGGUUGCCGUUAAUGGAAGGAGAGGGACUCGUCCUGGGAAUGGUCAAGCGCGUAUAUACGGUCAUUAUGCUAGGAUCGCUUUGUAGUAUGCUGCUGACGGUCCUAGUAUCCACACUGUGCAUGAAUGAUAUUGCGCUCAGUCCGCCAAAAGCUUCCAAUAGCGCCAAAGACUUCAUGGAUCGCUACUACCCGCUGGAAUGGAUGUUGGCAAGGACAAAUUUUCUAUGGGGCGGUGUUAUCUUUGUGAUUGGCUCCAUGCUACGAGGGUGGGUCUUCUUGACAUGCCCAACAGUUGGGCGGGGACUUUUGGGCAUGAUGGGUAGCUUCACUUUGAUUGCUACUUCCAUUGUGAUGCAGUUUUCUAAGCAGCAGACAGGUCGGACACCUUUGCAAUCGAUAAGGAGAUCGUUCCAACUUAUCCAAAACAAGAUGAAGAAGAGCUAUGUCUUUGCAGCUGGAACUUUUCUCUGUGUUUUCACUGUGUUUUAUUUCCUUGUCACUAUCCCACAUAUCGCAAAGUACUUGAUAGCUUCAGAUUGUACCAGUACCGGGUCGUGGUGGGGCUAA